ACUGUGUCUUCUUUGCUUGACACUGCGCAUAAGGUUUUAACACCCAGAAGAGAAGAUCGACUGUAGAGGAGGAAACACGCCAUCGAUGCACUUUUCUUCAGCAUUGGCCGCGAAAAGUCCCAAUCUUGUUCCCCGCGUGCGAAUCGUUGCAUCUCAACCAAACCCACGACUCUUCUGGGUUCAAUUCUUCUUAAUUUAAUCUUUCGCCUGGGAAUUACCAAACCCACGACUCGUCUGGGUUCAACUCUUCUUAAUUUAAUCUUUCGCCUGGGAAUUUCAGUCCCUCUUCUUCUUCUUCUCCUUCUUCUUCUUCUUUUUCUUCUUCUUCCUUUCAAGCUGCAGCUGUCCAUAUUUAUCAUCCACGUGUUUUUGCGGUGUGGUGUGGUUAAGUUUAGAAAAGUCUUGAACCAAAGUCAAAUAUGAGGAGGAGAGAUCCGAGUCUACGUUCAGAGCUAUAGUGUGAAUGAGAAAGAUCAAAUACCUGACUCUUACAAAGGCCUGGGGUAUAAAUGAUCUUCCUAUGAUUCGUCAUUACUUGGUCUGGCUGAAUCACAGGUUCCUGUUUCAGGGGUUUUCGCUUUCUUGUUAUAAAAGGAAAAAAUUGCAACUUCUCUUGUUGGGGUUUGGGAUUCAUAAUUCUUCUAGCUAGGGGGUUUUGCCUGAAUCUGUUUGCCCCUUGUCAAGCUUGAUUUGGUUCAGUAUAGUUAUUUAUUUUUUUAGUUAUAUAUUUAUUUAAUUUAGUGGGCUUCUGGGGUUCUGUUGUUUGAUAUAAUAUUUCUUUUGGAUAGUGUUACAGUGGAAUUUUUGGGGUUCUGGUUUCUGGGUGCUUUUCCUUGAAGCGGUUGCAUUUGUUUGGGAAGACCAAAUUGUUGUGUUUCUCAGAGUAGGGUUUCGUUUGCGGAAUGGCAGUUGAAAACAGAGGAAUGAAAACUGGGGGAAAAAGAAGGAAGCUGCGCUUGAGCAAGAUCUAUUCAUUCAGAUGUGGCAGAGCUUCUUUUAAGGAUGACCAUUCACAGAUUGGGGGACCUGGAUUUUCAAGGCUGGUUUAUUGCAAUGAACCUGACAGCUUUGAGGCCGGAAUUCAUAAUUAUGCCGGCAACUAUGUCAGGAGCACAAAGUAUACAGCGGCAAGUUUCUUCCCCAAGGCCUUGUUUGAGCAGUUCAGGAGGGUGGCCAAUUUUUACUUCCUUGUCACUGGCAUUUUGGCCUUCACACCGCUUGCUCCUUAUAUUGCUGUCAGUGCUAUUAUCCCACUCAUCAUCGUGGUUGGGGCCACCAUGAUGAAGGAAGGUAUUGAGGAUUGGCGAAGGAAACAACAGGAUAAUGAGGUGAACAAUAGAAAAGUUAAAGUACAUUGCGGUGAUGGAGUUUUUAAGCAUACUGAGUGGAGGAAUCUCAGAGUUGGAGAUAUCGUGAAGGUUGAGAAGGAUGAGUUCUUCCCCGCAGAUCUUCUGUUGCUUUCAUCCAGCUAUGAAGAUGCAAUCUCUUAUGUUGAAACCAUGAACCUUGAUGGGGAGACAAACUUGAAACUAAAACAAGCAUUAGAGGUAACUUCCUUCUUACAAGAGGACUCUAACUUUCAGGAUUUCAAGGCACUUGUUAAAUGUGAAGAUCCAAAUGCAAAUUUAUACUCUUUUGUUGGAAGUAUGGACUUUGAGGAGCAACAGUAUCCUCUUAAUCCUCAACAACUUCUCCUUAGAGAUUCUAAACUCCGCAAUACUGACUAUGUAUAUGGAGCUGUUAUUUUCACUGGUCAUGAUACAAAGGUUAUCCAAAACUCUACUGAUCCACCUUCAAAGAGAAGCAAAAUUGAGAGGAAAAUGGAUAAAAUUAUCUACUUCUUGUUCUGUGUGUUAUUUACAAUAGGUUUUGUUGGAUCAGUUUAUUUUGGUGUCACAACUCAUGAUGACCUAGAAAAUGGAACUAUGAAAAGGUGGUAUCUAAGGCCGGAUGAUUCUACAAUUUUCUUUGAUCCUAAAAGAGCUCCAGCUGCUGCAAUUUAUCAUUUUCUGACUGCUGUGAUGUUGUAUAGUUACUUGAUUCCAAUCUCCUUGUAUGUGUCGAUAGAGAUUGUCAAAGUUCUUCAGAGCAUGUUUAUCAAUCAAGAUAUAAAUAUGUAUUAUGAAGAUGCUGACAAACCAGCACAUGCCCGUACCUCAAAUUUAAACGAGGAGCUUGGCCAAGUUGACACAAUACUUUCUGAUAAGACUGGAACAUUGACUUGCAAUUCUAUGGAAUUUGUGAAAUGCUCUGUGGCUGGGACAGCUUAUGGCCAUGGUGUUACUGAAGUUGAGAAGGCUAUGGCUAGAAGAAAAGGAUUUUUAUUGGCUAAUGAAAUGGUAAAUGGCAAGGACUAUGCUAAGGUUUCUUCUGGUAAAAAAUCACCCGUUAAAGGCUUCAAUUUUGAAGAGAGGAGAAUCAUGAAUGGGAAUUGGGUUAAUGAAGAGCGUGCAGACGUCAUUCAGAAAUUUCUUCAGUUACUGGCAAUUUGUCAUACAGCCAUACCCGAAGAGGAUGAAAAUAUGGGGAAGAUCUCAUAUGAAGCUGAGUCACCAGAUGAGGCAGCUUUUGUGAUUGCAGCUAGAGAGCUUGGCUUUGAAUUCUAUAAAAGGACACAAACAAGUGUCUCGUUGCGCGAGUUGGAUCCCUUCUCUGGCCAAAAAGUUGAGAGGUUGUAUAAACUUUUAAAUGUUCUAGAAUUUAACAGCUCAAGAAAACGGAUGGCUGUGAUAGUAAAAGAUGAAGAAGGAAAGCUGUUUUUAUUUUGUAAAGGUGCUGACAGUGUCAUGUUUGAAAGGCUUGCCAAAAAUGGAAGAGAGUUUGAAGAGCAAACCAGGAACCAUGUGAAUGAAUAUGCUGAGGCAGGUUUGAGGACCUUAAUACUUGCUUAUCGUGAACUUGGUGAAGAAGAGUACAUAGAUUUCAAUAAAAAGCAUGCAGAGGCCAAGAAUUCAGUCAGUGCAGAUCGAGAGGAACUGCUUGAUCUAGCGGCAGAGAUGAUUGAGAAAGAUUUGAUUCUUCUUGGUGCAACAGCCGUUGAAGACAAACUCCAAAAUGGGGUUCCUGAGUGCAUUAAUAAGCUUUCCCAAGCAGGAAUAAAAAUAUGGGUUUUGACUGGAGAUAAGAUGGAGACUGCCAUCAACAUUGGUUUCGCUUGUAGUUUGCUUAGACAAGGAAUGAAGCAGAUAAUAAUAAACUUGGAUAUGCCAGAAAUCAAAACACUAGAGAAAAUGGGAGAAAAGGAUGCCAUUGCCAAGGCUUCAAGGGAGAGUGUUCUACACCAGAUAAGUGAAGGGAAGGCUCAGCUUUCUGCAUCAAGCGAAAACUCUGAAGCCUUUGCUUUGAUUAUUGAUGGAAAGUCACUUGCAUAUGCUCUUGAGGAUGGCAUGAAGAAAAUAUUUUUAGAACUUGCCAUUGGCUGUGCAUCUGUUAUUUGCUGCCGUUCUUCACCAAAACAGAAGGCACUGGUCACUAAGCUUGUUAAAAUUGGAACUGGAAAGACGACAUUAGCAAUCGGUGAUGGAGCUAAUGAUGUAGGAAUGCUUCAAGAAGCUGAUAUCGGUGUUGGAAUCAGUGGUGUUGAGGGAAUGCAGGCGGUCAUGUCCAGUGAUAUUGCAAUUGCUCAGUUCAGAUUUUUGGAGCGCUUGCUACUAGUGCAUGGACAUUGGUGCUAUAGAAGGAUCUCCACAAUGAUAUGCUACUUCUUCUAUAAGAAUCUUGCUUUUGGUAUCACUGUUUUCCUAUACGAGGCACAUGCAUCUUUCUCGGGAAAACCUGUAUACAAUGAUUGGUUUUUGUCGCUAUACAAUAUGUUCUUCACAUCACUUCCUGUUGUUGCUUUGGGUGUUUUUGACCAGGACGCACCAGCACAGUUUUGUCUCAAGUUCCCGCUAUUAUACCAAGAAGGUGUGCAAAAUGUCCUCUUCAGCUGGCGCCGUAUACUAGGCUGGAUGUUCAAUGGGGUUUGCAGCGCCGUCAUUAUCUUCUUCUUCUGCACACAAGCAUUAGAUCUCCAGGCCUUUAACAGUGAUGGAAAAGCUGCAGGGCUCGAAAUCGUUGGGACAACCAUGUAUACGUGUGUUGUCUGGGUUGUGAACUGCCAGAUGGCCCUAGCUGUUAGGUACUUGACCUUGAUACAACAUCUUGUCAUCUGGGGUGGAAUUACAUUUUGGUAUCUCUUUGCUUUGGUCUAUGGAUCCAUGCCCCCCUCAAUUUCCACCACUGCUUACAAAGUCUUCAUCGAGUGCCUGGCCCCCGCUCCCUUGUUCUGGUUUGUCACAUUCUUCGUUGUGGUCUCAGCCCUGAUACCCUACUUCUCAUACUCGGCAAUUCAGAUGCGGUUUUUCCCAUCGUACCAUGAAAUCCUUCAGUGGAUAAGGCUGGAGGACCAAGCCAAUGACCCUGAAUACCGGGCUUCUCAUACUCUGGGUUACCCAGCAAGUCUGGCUCUGGUAGAAAGAAGCAAUGGCAUCAGAGAUGGGUUUUCUUAAUCAUAAAUCUACAUUAUGGUUUUCUCGGAUUGUUGGUUCUUCAUUAUGUUUAUGUUUAGUCAGAAAUCUGCAUCGGAUUGUUGGUUCUUCGUUGUGGAGUUGGCAUAUCUCGGAUCGGCGGUUGCUUCAGUCUCAUGAGAAAAAUACACAUCCAUCAUGUACAGAGCCAUACUUUCAGCUGUACCAUAUUUUGGAUAGGAUGAAGAUACCCCAGAAGCUUUGUAAAUUUUGAUUAUUCAUAAACUCAUAAUUCUAUCCUUUAGUGUUUUUUACAAUUCUGGGGACUUACCCCGUGUAACAUGAGAAAUUCUUUAUAGUUAUAAAACCACUGCUGCUUCUUUUCACGAUAAAGAUAAUAGAAUCGAAUCCAGAUCCUCCCAGAUUCUAUUA